UCUUUCGGCUGCUUCCGCGUUUUCUCUUUCACGCAGUUCCUGUCUUGCCAUUUCUUUACUUGAUCCUGAAUAACAAUCAUCUGAAAGCUGGAACAGAGCAGCUGCUACCUGUAUCUGUCUAUCGCCACUUUUGCUCCGUGUCUGGAUUGUGAUUUGUGUCUUGUCUAGCACAAUGGAAGACGGCUGUGACCAUCCGAAGCCACUCGAGACGGGCAGCGUGCCGUUCUCGGUUCUCCUCCAGCAGCUGCGACCCAAGCUCCGUCCCGUCAAUCCCGUCCUGCCCAAAACCGUGACCAUGCUGCAGCAUCCAUCCGGUGGCCGAGCUUACGUUGUGGGGAUCGACGGCGCAUGUUGGAGGGAAAAGCCAGGAAGACGUCGCUGUGACAAUUCGGACGCUGAAACCGGAUUGCGUGAUGCUGGAGCUGUGUUCCGAGCGGGAAGAAAUGUUAACUGUAGACGAAGAUGAAGCCAUGCGUAAACUGAAUUCAAUCAGUGAACUGUCCCUGGAAGAGUUCCACGCAUUAGACGAGCGGUUAGGCGCCGCACUAGAGGCUGCGCAGAUGUUCCGGGAGCUGAAAUUAUCCUGGCAGCGGGCCCAGCGUUUCGGCAUUUCGGGCGGAGAUAUGCGCGUGGCCUAUCGGGAAGCCGGCAAGAUCCCCGGCUGCCGCGUGGUAUUGGGGGAUCGUCUGCAGAGCAUCACGAAGCAACGGGCCUAUGGUGCCUUAUCCCUGUGGGAGAGCAUCCGGUACCGGUUGGUCGAAAUGCGGCAUAACAGCCUGGACGAGGUGGAGAAGCGGAAGAGCAGCGCGUACCUGCAGGUUUACGCGGCGAUCCUGGCGGCGGCGUGUCCUACGGUAUACCGCGCGAUCCUGCAGGAGCGGGAUGCACUGUUGGCGGAAGAGCUGAAGCGAUGCGUGUCUGAGCCGCUGCUGACGAUGGAGAGUCCGCGGGGCCGGGUGGCGGUGGGUGUCGUGGGAAUGAACCAUGUGGCGGGGAUCAAACGUGCCUGGAAUAGUCCGCCACUGUCACCGGAAGGGCGCCAGAAGCUGCUGGCCGUUCCGCCGAAGCUCCCGCGGCAGAUGCAUGCGCUCGGUGUUAUGCCGGCUGGGUGGCUCCUGAUCGGCGGGAAAUUUCUGUUGAAGCUGCUACGUUAAUGUCCAGCCAGGGUUUCACGCUGCGCGUACGCAAGGAAAGAACGGCGAAUCUCGGUGAUGUUGUUCCUUGUUUUUGAUUACUAACUUGAAUAAUUUGUUAAGCAAAACCUAAUGAGUUGUGGUGUUUUGUUAAUGGUGACAAAAUAAAU